AUGAGCAGUUGGAAUGAGUCUGAAAUAUUAGUUGAUAGGAAGUCGAAAUUUCAAGGGCGAUGUUGCAAGAUAUCAAGCCAAGAAGAUAUUCCGAAAAUGCUGCAGAAGCUGGUCAGUGAAAAUAAAAGUGUGGCCAAGGCAUCGCACAUGCAUAUGUAUGCUUGGAGAGUUGGACAAUUGGCUGAAUCUAUGGAGAAAUCCGGCUCAAAGGGUAAAAAGAAGAACGCUAAGUCAAGAGAAGGGAAAGAAGAGUCAUCGACAGUUGUGGUAAAAAAUCUACAGCAGGGUUGUAUGGAUGGUGGUGAAGCAGGUGCCGGUAGCCGUCUGUUAAAUCUUCUUGAACGUGCAAAUAUAGUGAAUGUAUUAGUUAUAGUGACGAGAUGGUAUGGCGGAACACCAUUGGGAUCAGCACGAUUUAGACAUAUCUCUACCGUUGCAGUUCAAAGUCUGAAAAAGGCUAAAAUUCUAGCAUAA